AUGUCCCAUUCUACUUCACGGUGAAGUCUUCACCCACCUAGUUCGGCAAAGUUUCCGCUGCCACUUCUGUCACGAUCAAUGGCGUUACACUGCCAGUCCUCCGCCGCCGCUCUCUUCGUCUUCCUCCUCAGCCUCGCCUCACCUCAAGUCUCCGCCGACGUGGUGCUUGAAGACGGGUACACCGUCACGACGGCGAUCGACGGCCACAAACUCGGCGUCAACCCGCACUCUGUGCUUGCUCGCCCUGGAUCGUCCGAUCUUCUCGUCCUCGACUCUUCCGGUAGUGCCGUCUACACCGUACCAUUUCCCACGCCCGGAUCCCAAGUUUCAGAGAGUGUGAUUAAACGAUUAUCCGGCAACGGCGACGGAUAUUCGGAUGGGGAGUCGGGUUCGGCCCGGUUCAAGAAGCCCCGGAGCUUCGCCGUGAGUCCGAAAGGAAUCGUCUUCGUCGCCGAUAAGGGCAAUGGCGUCAUCCGAAAGAUAAGCGCUUCAGGUGUGAGCACGAUUGCCGGAGGGUACUCGCAGAAGCCUGGGCGCGAGGACGGCCCUGCUCAAAACGCAACGUUUUCGCCGGAUAUUGAGCUGGCUUUUGCUGCUGAUCAGUGCAUGCUGCUGGUCUCUGAUCGCGGGAAUCAGUUGGUCCGGUUGAUUCGUCUCAAGCCGGAGGAUUGCUACGGGACUUCUUCGUCCAAGCUUGGUGCCGUUUCGGUCUGGAUUAUGGGUAUCGGAUUGUCGUGUGUUUUUGGAAUUGUUGUUGGGAUUGUGAUUCGGCCUUAUAUUUUACGCAAUACAGGACAAGCGGCUCGGCUCCCGCGCGACAUCGAAGCGCUGCCGAAUCUAUCUGGGGAAGCAAGUGUCACAGACACUUUGCUUCGCCUGGAAGCGCUGCCGAAUCAAUCUGGGGAAGCAAUUAGUACAGACACUUUGCUUCGCCGUCAGAAGCGCAACUGCUAGCUCAGCCCCUGUUUCGUCGCUGUUGAGGCGGCUGUAUCUGUUGGGCAUGUCCCAUCUUUCUCUUAUGUUUAGGAUUAACUACGUAGAGGAGUCCUGGGUUUCACCUAAGGAGUGUGUGUCUUUGCUUGAUUCCGAUGUUGAUAACAGUAGUAGUAGUUGUUUUGAGAUAACAGAGUCGUCGUCGUCCUCCAAGUAUGUGGAUCAGCUUAAGGAACUGGUGGGUUUCGAUGGAAGCCUGGAGCUGCGUAGCAUGAAGGAAGGAGAAGGUAAUGAUGGGAGGAGUGGUGUGUUAUCUGGCUCUCAUGGAAGAAUAGAGGGUAUGAUGGACAGUAAUAUUGUGGGAUUUGUGGAGGGAGCUAAAGAAACUCUUCUGGUGGAUGGGGCUUUGGGCGGUAAUUCGGGUUUAGUUAAAAGGAGACGAAGUGAAAAAACUUGAAGAAAGACAUAUGUUUCAUGUAUAUUUAGAGGCUUGUGUAUGUUUUGAAUCUGUUUUUGUCAGUUAUAAGUCUGGCUUAUGGCAUGUUAGUCAUUAUGUGCGACCAACCAUUUAGGUCCAUUGCUUCUAUUUUGAGAAACUCUGUUUGAUCUCCAUAAAUUCUACGAUGCUCUGGAGUAUAGGAUA